AUGGCAUUAAAGUAUGAACUUGAGCAAUGGGGUGCAGCCGUAGAAGCUUAUGAUGCGCAAAACUAUAAUGAAUCCUUGAGGAUAUUUGAUACUAUUGCAGAAUCGGCCAAAUUUCAUUUUAAUAUGGGAUUGAUUUACGCGACUAUAGGAGAGCACGAGUCAGCGUGUUUAUCAUUUGGACAGGCUGUGAACUGUGAUCGAUAUUUUGCUGUCGCCUAUUUCCAAAAAGGCGUUUCACAUUUUUUAUUAUCACAAUUUGACAUAGCUCUUCAAUGUUUCGAUGAUGCAUUACGACAUCUCCGUGGUAACAUCUUGAUCGAUUAUGAACAACUCGGGCUAAACUUUCGAUUGUACUCCUGUGAAGUGUUAUUCAAUCGAGGACUAUGUUACUUGUAUUUCGAACAGACGGAAAACGGGAUGAGAGAUCUCUAUGCCGCGGCGAAGGAAAAAGAAACGGAGGAACAUAAUGUUAUUGAUGAGGCUAUUGCAACUGGGGGUCGGGAACUCACGGUGUUUUCUAUUCCUGUCGGGAUAAUAUACCGUCCGUCGGAAGGUAAACUAAAAAACGUCAAAACAAAAGAUUAUCUCGGAAAAGCGAAAUUAGUCGCUGCCGUCGACCCAGAAGACGCGUUCACCGGAUUCACAGGUGCACAAAAAAAGCAAACUGCCCAAUCCAACACCACUACGCCAAUAAAACAGGAUAAAACUGACGGAAAAGUAGAUAACGUUGGUGGAAUGGGCUCGUUUCGGCCUAGAUCUACGUCGACUGAUCCGAGAAAACCGCCGUUUCCUACUUUCAACGGGAAUUCGGGCAGAAAUCCAAGUCUACGAAGAAAUCCUAGUAUACCGCUACCUCUUGAGAGAACAGCGAAGAAUUUUCCUCCUUAUAUUCAAACGGAAAGAAACCCUUCACCUUCACCGGAUGCAAAUUCCUAUAAUCCAUUAUCUCGAUCAAGAAGACUCGAAGAACCUCAUCGUUCAAAUACAAUUGACAGUGGACGUCCAUCACCGAAACUUCCUUCUGGGAUACAACGUCAAAAUUCACUAAGGAAUGUAGGAAAUUCAGAGUCAUUGAAACGUGAGAAUUCUCUACAAUCAAAUAAGGUUCCCCGACGAUCAAAUACUCAAAUGCGUGCACAGUAUCUACAGAAACAAAUCCAGGUAACACAGAAAAAUAUGUCUAGUUCGUCUAUUUCCAAGGAUCCUGUUGCUGAAUAUUCUUCACAAUUUUAUCAACAAUUUCCACCACCACCAACACGACAACAAUUUCUACCACAAUCACCACCAUUACUAUCACCACAGCAACAAAAAACACCUAUAAAUACCGAAGAAGAUCGUAGGAUCGAAAGUUUCAAUCAAUUGUAUGAUUUCAUGUUAAAUAAUGAUGAUUAUUAUAAAGCAGAUGACGGAGCAAGUUAUAACUCACCAAUUCUAAAUGAUGGAGAUGAUAAUUAUUUAUAUGAGGAAGAGGCACAAUUCGAAAUUGUUACACCUCCACAGCAGCAGCAACAACAACAUAAUAAUAAUAAUAAUAACAUGCAAAUGCCAUUAUCAUCGACAUCGUCCAACUCAUCUUAUUCUUCGAAACAAUCACAAACACAAGAAUCAUCCGGACCUAUUGAAAAGUUGAAGAUAAAAUGUUAUUAUAAGGACACACGAGUUAUUCUUGUUCCGUCAUCAAUAAAAUUCAAAGAACUCCUACAAAGAAUUCAAGAGAAAUUCUCCUCCUCUUCACCAUUCCGACUGAAAUAUAAGGAUGACGAUGGUGAAAUGGUUAUGAUGACUGAUCACGAGGACCUAGAAAUGGCCAUUGAGCUGAUUUCUGGCGCGACUGGUGGCAUUGGAAGAAUGGAGUAUUAA